AUAGAAAUAGAGCUUUAGAGUUAUAUGUUAGUUGGCAUUGCACUGAAGUUGAAGGCAUCACGAGAGAGAGAGAGAGGGAGAGUGAGCUAUGGAGAAACAGAUUCCAUCCAAAGGGAUUCUCAAGAACGAGGCUCUUAAAAAGUACAUCUUCGAAACGACGGCGUAUCCAAGGGAGCAUGAACAGCUCAAGAAAUUACGAGAAGCUACUGUCCACAAGUAUGGCAAUUUAAGCGAGAUGGAGGUCCCGGUUGAUGAGGGGCUUUUCCUAUCGAUGCUUAUAAAGAUGAUGAAUGCCAAAAAUACGCUAGAGCUUGGUGUUUUCACGGGCUAUUCGCUGCUCACUACGGCCUUCGCAUUGCCUGAGGAUGGCCAUAUUACUGCAAUAGACAUUGAUAAAGAAGCAUACGAGGUGGGUCUAGAGUUCAUCAAGAACGCAGGCGUUGAUCACAAAAUCAAUUUCAUACAAUCUGAUGGUCUCCAGGCCUUAGACAAGAUGUUGAGCGAGAAUCCAAAACCGGAGUUUGAUUUUGCAUUUGUUGAUGCUGAUAAACCAAACUAUGCCAACGUACACGAGAGACUACUGAAGCUGGUAAAGGUCGGUGGAAUAAUAGCGUUUGAUAACACAUUGUGGUUUGGGUUUGUGGCGGAGGAGGGAGAGGAAAACGUGCCAGAACACAUGAGGGUGAACAGAAAAGCCCUCAUGGACUUGAACAAGCGGCUCGCUUCUGAUGCUAGAAUAGAGCUAUCUCAAGUCUCCAUUGGUGAUGGUGUUACUCUCUGCAGACGCCUUGUGUGAUUAAGAGACUCAUCAAAACACCAAGUGUUCUUAGUUUUUUAUUUUAUUUAAUCAAGUUGUUAGAAUCUAUAAUGCACUCUCUUCCUCUGUUUUUGCUCAUUGCGUGUGUGCUUUCCCGGACGAGAUUGGUUCGCGUUUGUAGGUGUUGUAUUAUGCUAAAGAUUGUUGUUGUU